CGCUCCAGCUGCUGGGGACCGGCGAGAGAGCGGAGAAGGCGAGAAACUCCCACCGACCCACAGAGGGAGCAUGACUUCGGCCACUUCACCUAUCAUUUUAAAAUGGGACCCCAAAAGUUUGGAAAUCCGCACGCUAACGGUGGAAAGGCUGUUGGAGCCACUUGUUACACAGGUGACGACACUUGUCAACACCAGCAACAAAGGCCCAUCUGGUAAAAAGAAAGGGAGGUCAAAGAAAGCCCACGUAUUGGCUGCAUCUGUUGAGCAAGCCACGCAGAACUUCCUGGAAAAGGGCGAACAGAUUGCUAAGGAGAGUCAAGAUCUCAAAGAAGAGCUGGUGGCUGCUGUAGAGGAUGUGCGAAAACAAGGUGAGACGAUGCGGAUCGCCUCCUCUGAGUUUGCUGAUGACCCGUGCUCGUCGGUGAAGCGUGGCACCAUGGUGCGGGCGGCCAGGGCUUUGCUCUCAGCCGUCACGCGCUUGCUCAUUUUGGCGGACAUGGCGGAUGUCAUGAGACUGUUAUCUCACCUGAAAAUUGUGGAAGAGGCCCUGGAAGCUGUCAAAAAUGCUACAAAUGAGCAAGAUCUUGCAAAUCGCUUUAAAGAAUUUGGAAAAGAGAUGGUGAAACUUAACUACGUAGCGGCAAGGAGACAGCAGGAGCUGAAGGACCCUCACUGUCGGGAUGAGAUGGCGGCCGCUCGGGGGGCUCUGAAGAAGAAUGCCACGAUGCUGUACACAGCCUCCCAAGCAUUUCUCCGCCACCCAGAUGUUGCUGCCACAAGAGCCAACCGGGAUUAUGUGUUCAAACAAGUCCAGGAGGCCAUUGCUGGCAUCUCCAAUGCAGCUCAAGCGACCUCCCCCACUGACGAAGCCAAAGGCCACACGGGCAUCGGCGAGCUGGCUGCGGCUCUGAAUGAGUUUGAUAAUAAGAUUAUCCUGGACCCCAUGACGUUCAGCGAGGCCAGGUUCCGGCCGUCCCUGGAGGAGAGGCUGGAGAGCAUCAUUAGCGGGGCGGCACUCAUGGCCGACUCCUCCUGCACCCGUGACGACCGGCGCGAGAGGAUCGUGGCCGAGUGCAACGCCGUGCGGCAGGCGCUGCAGGACCUGCUCAGCGAGUACAUGAAUAACGUAAGUCCUCAGCGCUCGGUUCUCACGGCUCGUGGA